GUCUGAGUGUCGCCGCGUCGCCCCUCAGCGCAGCGCAGUGCGAGAGGCGGCACAGGGCCGGGCGCUGGCUGGUUGGGUCUCUGUCUCACUUUCACUCACUCACACGGGCACUGCCUCCGCCAGGGCCUCGUUGUUACAAUACAAAUAUAUCAUCAAUACACAGUCUCCUGUUUACGGGCGGCCGUCGAAGCCGAGACUUUGGCGUUGGGUAGAGCGGAGCGGAGCGGACCAGACCGGGCCGGAAUAGACCGGAGCGAGAGGGAGCUGGGCGGCGGCGGCGGCGGGGAGGCUGAUAGGGGGCCGUUGUUGUCCUACGGCUGCCCGGGCUGUCAACGAGGCCUGGACCUCGGGGAAGAAGAGCAAGAGGGACGAGGGAGCAGCCGGUGAGUGGGGGAGAGAGAGAGAAGCUCGCCACUCGCUUGGUGCAGGAAUAUUUCUGCUGACGUAAAUGAUACAUCAGAGUAAGGAUGUUGAACAAGUGGACUGCAUCUCCAUUCCUGAUUAAAACUGGAUAUGUCCUUUAAUGACAGAUGUGCAGUUUGGUGCCAUAUCAGACUUUCUUCGUUUUACUUUGUGUCCUAGAACAUAACCUUUAACCUUUGAAGAAGAGAAAUUGUUCCACCGUUUGUUUUCAAAAAUAUUAUCAACUUGGCUACUGAUUUUGCAGCCAUUAUGAGUAGUACAUUAGGAAAAGAAAAGGACAGCAAAGAAAAGGACCCUAAAGUUUCAUUGGGAAAGGAUGGAAAAGCUUCUGGUGGCUUUGGAAAAGAUGGGAAAGAGAGAGAGUCCAAAACCAAAGGGAAAGAUGCCAAAGAAGGAAAGAAGGAAUCUAGUGGAGGACAACCAGGUGUGCAAUUCCAAGUGGACAAUACAAUAAAACGGCCAAAUCCAGCACCGGGACGUAAAAAAUCUACCAAUGCUGAAGUGGUUAAAGAGUUAAACAAGUGUCGUGAGGAGAAUGCAAUGCGUUUGGACUUGGCUAAAAGAUCAAUUCACGUGCUUCCAACAUCAGUCAAAGAAUUGACCCAAUUAACUGAGCUUUAUUUGUAUAGUAACAAGUUGCAGUGUUUGCCAGUCGAACUGGGAUGUCUUGUGAACUUGGUCACCCUGGCACUGAGUGAAAAUUCGCUUACAAGUUUGCCUGACUCUCUUGAUAAUUUGAAGGAGCUACGAAUGCUUGAUUUGCGGCAUAACAAACUUCGAGAAAUCCCUGCAGUAGUGUACAAGCUGGUUUCCCUUACCACUCUUUACCUACGGUUUAAUCGCAUAACUACUGUGGAGAAGGACAUUAAAAACCUAUCCAAACUUACAAUGCUGAGUAUCCGAGAGAACAAAAUUAAACAGCUUCCUGCAGAAAUAGGUGAGCUCUGUAACCUCAUAACACUGGAUGUGGCUCACAAUCAGCUUGAACACCUGCCGACGGAGAUUGGCAAUUGCACACAAAUCACAAAUCUUGACUUGCAACACAAUGAACUGCUUGAUCUGCCUGAAACUAUAGGUAAUCUGUUUAGUUUGAGUCGUUUGGGACUGAGGUACAACAGACUGUCAGCUGUACCCAGAUCUUUGGCAAGGUGUAGUGAACUGGAUGAGCUUAACUUGGAGAACAAUAAUAUUUCAACAUUACCUGAGGGUCUUCUUUCAAGCCUUGCAAACUUGACCAGUUUAACAUUAGCAAGGAAUUGCUUCCAGUCAUAUCCGGUUGGUGGACCGUUACAGUUUUCAACUAUCUAUUCUCUCAACAUGGAACAUAAUCGCAUCAACAAAAUACCUUUUGGGAUCUUCUCUAGAGCUAAAGUGUUGAGUAAGCUGAAUAUGAAGGACAAUCAGCUAACUUCACUUCCAUUGGAUUUUGGAACAUGGAUAAGUAUGGUGGAGCUGAACCUUGCCACUAACCAACUCACAAAAAUUCCAGAAGAUGUUUUAGGCCUGGUUUCACUGGAGGUUCUUAUUUUAUCAAAUAACCUCCUUCGAAAACUGCCUCAUGGCAUUGGACACCUACGAAAACUCAGAGAGUUGGACUUGGAAGAAAAUAAACUUGAAUCUCUUCCAAAUGAAAUUGCUUAUCUUAAGGAUCUGCAAAAACUGGUUUUAACCAACAAUCAGCUGACUACCCUCCCCAGGGGAAUUGGUCACCUAACCAGUCUGACUCACCUGGGCCUAGGGGAGAACUUGCUUACUCAUUUACCUGAAGAGAUCGGUACACUGGAAAAUCUGGAAGAAUUGUAUUUAAAUGAUAAUCCGAACUUACACAGCCUUCCCUUUGAGCUGGCACUCUGCAGCAAGUUGUCCAUCAUGAGCAUUGAGAACUGCCCACUCAGCCAUCUCCCACCACAGAUUGUAGCUGGCGGCCCGUCCUUCAUCAUCCAGUUCUUGAAGAUGCAGGGCCCCUAUCGUGCCAUGGUUUGACUGAAUCAAAAUGUUCAAUACACUGUACAAAAUAUAAAUUGCGUUAUUGUCACUAUAUGUAAAGCAAUUUUACUAAGACUGCAGUAUGUGUUUCUGGUAAUAGAGGAAUUGUAGCCAUUUAGAAUUUUUAAAAAACCUGUAAAAAUUUACCGUGCUGGGCUGAGGUUUCAGGUGAGAAGUACCGGUUUUUUUUGUGGGUGGGGGUGAGAGUGGAUCUUGCAAAAUCAUAAAUAAUUUUAAAAGUAUGCAUUGAAGAUGCUAUUCUGGGUAUUUAAUACACAGUAUAUUAUUGAGAUGCUAUUCUGGGUAUUUAAUACACAGUGUAUUAUUGAGAUGCUAUUCUGGGUAUUUAAUACACAGUAUAUUAUUUUCUUUACAAUUACCAUACUCAAAAUGGCAGGCAUAAGCCCUCAGGAAUUCUCCUCUGAGUGUGUAGGUGCCAAUUACAUUCUUGUUUUAUCUUGCAUCUUUGAUUUUUGUCACCAGAGGGUAAACGAUGGUCAUAAUUGCAAAAGCCUGUAAGUGCUUCAGGCCUGUCAUUCUCCAGUGUGUCCAAGUCUAUUUUUGAUUGAAAGCAAAGACGUGAAAAUAUUGGGGUUGAAGGGAAGAUUUGAAAAAGUUAGAAAAGGUGUUGGUUUUUUUUUUUUAAAAGGGAAGAAAAUUGCAAGGUAUUCUAGAACAUAAAAGUUAGAGAACACGAGAUAGCAUGCAAAAGCCAAUGGUGGGAAGAACAAUUAAACCAAAGAGAGACAAAAAUGCAGAGAAGGUUUAAAUAUCUUUUCUCCCCACGCAGAUGUUUUGUAUAUAUGUAAGAGACUACUUAAAUGAUUUUUCUGGGAGUAAAAUAUUGUCCUUAAAUUCUGUAUAUUCUUGAUUAGUUCCUUCAUAGUGUCCGGGUUUUCCAGUUGCUUUGAGCAAUGGUAUGAAGCUGACAGGCAAUAUUUGUACAAUACAGAUACUCUGGUCGAACACUGCAUUGCUUCAUAGCUUGCCCAUACUGUAGUCUAUGUAGAAUGCACAGGAUUAUGGCUUUUUAAAGUCUGUUGCCCAUUAUUUCAUUUUCUCCCAAUGAUGGUGCAAAUAGCUUAAGAGUAAAGCAUAGGGAUGAUCCCAGACAUUGCUCAUGUUUUCUUAAAUCAUCCAUGGGAAUGACUCGUAGAGUAAAUUUUUUCCCAUAUACAAUCUGAAACAUAUUGGACCAUAGACGGGCAAUAUAUAUUUAUUUUAUUUCCCAAACCCUGUGACCAAACCACCUUGCAUCCUAUAUCUUUACAGCUUUCAAGCAGAUAGUGAUCAGUGUAAAGUUUGUUCAGGCAAUCCAAGGUUCAGUAUUGUUCUGAAUGUGUCCUUCAUGUUGUAUCUGCUCAUGAACCUGUGUGCGGAGGGCUAUAAGAGUACUUUUUUGCUGCUGCAUGUAUUUUUCCAAACUGUAUGCAUGGGCUGAUUGAGUCCAGACAGUUUAUUGUUAGUUUAUCAAUGUGAAUGCGAGUGCAGUAAAUCCACCAAAAAUGUCAUUGUUUGUAGGAACCAUCCUAUGAAUGAGAUGCACAUAGUAUUGAUAUAAGCCAGUCAAUCUGUUCAGUAUUCACUUGAAGAAUGCUCCCCAGUUGGACACAGUUGAUUCAGUCUUUGUUCAGUCUAUUGCCAGUUGCUUUUACGGGCUGGUGCAGGUACAUAUCACUGCAUGUAAUAGACAAUAGGUGCAGGAGUAGGCCAUUCGGCCCUUUGAGCCAGCACCGCCAUUCAAUGUGAUCAUGGCUGAUCAUCCCCAAAUCAGGAUCAGGAUCUUUUUGAUUACAUGAAGGCUAUUACAUCAUCUGAUUGCACUCAUCUCUCAUAAUACUGUAUUUUUAAGGUUUAAAUUUAAUUACUGAAGUAAAAAUAGUGGAAUUUUUCAGUUCCCUCUCAAAAGAUGACAAAACUCAGAACCUGCACUGAAAUGAAACCACUUCUAUAUCUCCUAGCUGUACGAUAGUGCACAUUAAUAACAAAUUGUCAUUUGUCUACAUUUUGCUGUUUUUGUGAUUGGUCCUGGUCCUUUGUUGGAGAAUACUUGCUCGGAGCCUUGCACAAAACCACCAUGAGCUUAUUCUGCACAUCGGCGGAAUUUGUGUUGUUAUAUCUCUUUCAACUGGUUUCCAUUUCCUGCAAAUUUACUAAGUAGAAAUUGAAGUCUGUAAACCAAGGGAUGGAUGUAUUAUGGUUAUUCGGCACAUGGAAUAAUCUCUACGCUUAAUUGUGAAGCUUGUAAACCUAUCCAACAAGUAAUCUGUUGAAAAACUUGUCUUUUGCAGUGAUAUUGCCUGAUUAUCUGCGAUUACUUUUUUAACCUGCAACUCAAACAUAUCCUAAAUUAGUGAUGAAGAAAUCCAGGUCGCAAAAUGAUAUUGAAGCAGCAUUCUUUAGAUGAUUGCACUUUGCUGCCAGUGUAACCUUUAAUAACCAGUUAUUUUGACAUAAUCCGUACUCUCCAGCAUGUGUUGACUUGGCCGCAUUGUGCAAUCUGUUUUGCAGUGCAAACAUUUUUUACUAUCACUGAUUUGUACUUUGAAUGUGAUCAAGGCCACUUCCUGAUGUAACCAAAUUUCAACUUUGAUCCUAUCUAUUCUGCGUAUCAAAUCUUGGUAUUCAAGGUAUGUUAAAAUAUAAAGUUCUUGUAAUUAAAACGUGAGCAAAAGUAAAAAGCAGACAUCAAAGCAAAGUGCAUUCAACUGUAUUGAAUAGCAAAACUUCAAAAUUAGGUGUGAAUGUGGUUAUUCCAACAACUGUGGGGUGCUAACUGUAUUAAUAUAUGGCACUGCUAAUUGUAUUAAUAUAUACCACAACAAAACUCGGUUCAUGUGCUAAAUGUCAGUUUUUAUCUAAAUUCUGAGGUGUUUUUGUAAUGUCUCCGGUUUCAUUUUUCUCCAAUGCUGUGUCUGACUUUAUAUUUGUCUAGGUAUAGAGCAUAAUCGGCUUUUACACAUUGAUUAGAAGUUACAAAAAAAUAGCCUUUGUAUCUAUGUUUUCAAAUGCAUAGUGAAGUCUAAAACUCGCUGUUCUUCUGUUUUAAAUAACAACAUAACUCCAGGUUUUCAGCCUUAGAGUGGUGUUUUAAAUUUGCAGUAUUCACUUUAUUGUAUUCACUGGUACUGUAAAUUAGAUUUGUAAAUUCCCUUCUAAUUUGCAUUUUGGCUACAGAUCAAUAAAAAAACUAAUUUGGGGAUUUCAGUGAGGAAAUGCAUUGAGAAGCAGUGCAAUCAUUAAUCUUAAUAUAGUUACUGAACUAUUGAAAGCAUUACUGAAAUCUAAAGUGGCAAUUAUUUUUGUACCUUAUGCCAUUACCUGAAUGUUUUAAAAAUGUUGCUAAAUUAAGCUACAAAAGUAUUCAUACGGUCAUUUAAUUGGAUUAGUUGCAAAAUUCAUUAUUUCACUCAGAUUUUAGGUUAGACUGAUGAGAAACUCAAAUUUAGUGAGUCAUAUCCAGCCAUCUGAAAAGAUUGGAUUUUUUUUUCCUUAAGUAAGUCAUCAUCACAUUGAAUUGUUGCUUCCUUGGAAGUAACUGUUAUCUACUACAGCUUUAUCACUCGUGCACUACUUAAGUCCCACUGUACGAGGUAAUUCUAGAGUUCACCUGCGUUUCCCCUGAUUCGAACUCAGAGAAUUACGGUAAUAGCCGUUCGUAGGUACUCGGGGCUCUCGUGGACAUUUUUCACAGUGCUGAAAAAACUUCACGAGUUACCACGUUUCCCGAGUACCUGCCGUUAGCAUUACGAGCAGCUACAAGACAUUCACGAGCUCCGACGUAGCCGCUGCGUACAUUCUACGUACUUAUCCCGAGUUUGAUUUUUUUAAACUCGGGAGAACUCUUGAAUUAUCUCGUACAGUGGGGCAGGCCCUUUAAAGCUCUAUCUGUACUUUCUAAAUUACAACAUUUGGACUUGUAUUGUUGCAAAGUCAAAGAUCAAUAGAUCAGAUCAUCCAAGAUGCAUUUUGAAUUUAAUUGCAAUUUAUAUCAAUAAUUUUAUACAUGCAUAUCACUGGUGGCAUCAAAUAGCUUAUUUUCAAUUCUUCUGCGUCAGCCCUUGUAGGUUCUGGAGAAACUAAAUUGGCUAAUUUAACCAGUAAGUCUUUAAAUAAUGGUUUGUUUAUUUUUUUGCCAAUCUUCUAUGGCAGCCAUUUACCAGAUAGCACAAAUAUUUUAUUUGGCAGUGCAAUCAGACCAUUAGAUCCACUCACCAAAAUAACGAAUGUACAAACCGGUUAACAAAUAUUUUUAAAACAAUUGUCAUUUAUGUCUAUAUAUAUAUAUUAAAAAAAAUUGCCUUUUGUUUUGUUUUUAUAAAAGUCAUUCAGUGUAUCCGUGCAUUCAUUAUAAAUAGUAAAUUUGUAAAUGAGCUGUUGUUGAGUCUUUUGCAACUGUUGCAUGACUUUUUAAAGGCUUAACUGUACAAUUAACUUUGAUCCAUGGGUGUGGGAAGGGGGUGACUUUUGGCUGCUGUUUUUGGAAGGAGCGUUCACUUCCAUUGUAACGUAAGACCGUUAAUAUUUCUGUUCAGGUAAGAAUAUUAAGACAAGUAUCACAGGUGAUAAUUGUGUAUCUGAUUUGCUAUUUCAUUUUGCACACAGCAAUUGACAUUUAAAUGUGUUGCCAUUGUUUCAGGUGUAAACAAUAUUAAACUAUUUACUGAAACUUCA